AUGGCGCCCGUUGGGCUACUGGCUCGUCUGAGGAGUCUGUACAUGAAGCAUCAAGAUGAACCCGCGCUAUCGUUGCAGACCCUCAUCAUCUUCUCCGUCGCGCUCACUCUGCUUUAUGUGGUCCCAUUCUAUCUUUCUCCCGACACUCGGCCGUCGCCCAGUCUCAGUCGUGAUGCGCCGUCCGUGAUUCGGGCGCGCAUCCGAUCCGUCACCGGGUCCUGUAUCAUCAGUUCCCUGCUGGUGCUCUGGGUGAUCGUCGACAAGGGUCACUCCUCGGUGGCCGCGGCGUUGCGACUGCUGGGCUGGUGGCCGAUCGGCCUGGGCGAUAUUGCCCGAAGCCUGCUCCUGACCAUGAUUCUCUUCGUGGGGCCCCUCUUUGAGCGAGCAGUUGUCGAAGGUGAAUGGAGAACGUGGUUCCGCGGCAGCAAACUCGCCGAGAGCCUCGGGGGGUGGAUUGGCUGGAGAAACUAUGUGGCCGGCCCCGUCACAGAGGAGGUCAUUUUUCGCUCGGUCAUCGUACCGCUGCAUCUCCUGGCGCGCGUGUCCCCCGGCCGCGUCGUGUUCGUGGCGCCGCUGUACUUCGGCAUCGCCCACGUCCACCACUUCUACGAGUUCCGGCUCACCCACCCGGACACUUCGAUCCUGGCAGCCCUACUGCGCUCGAUCCUGCAGUUCGCCUACACCACCGUGUUCGGCUGGUAUGCGACUUUCCUCUACCUGCGCACGGGGUCGCUGCCCGCCGUCAUUCUCGUUCACAGCUUCUGCAACUGGUGUGGUCUGCCCCGGUUCUGGGGCCGUGUCGAUGCCACCGAGUCGGCGGAUGCCCUACCGGCUCGUGGCAAGGAGGAUCCCGAAACCACCUCCGCCGCUGACGCCCCGGCCAAGCUGGGUAUCGGCUGGUCGGUCACUUACUAUGCGCUUCUCGUCGCUGGGGCCGUUGGUUUCUCUUUCGCACUGUGGCCUCUGACCGAGUCGUACCAUGGGGCGGUGCCGUUCGAGUAA